AGGCGGGCGCGGCAGGGAGGCGGUGCGUGUAAUUGAUGGCCGGAGCUAGAGCGGGCCCGAGCCCACGCGUUGGCUCUAGUUCGCUGCCCCUUGUGUUCUGCCCGAACAAGGUCGCGCGCUGGCGCCGCGACGCAUGCCUUUGACCAUGGCCCGCGGAUCAACCCGCCGCAGAACGCCGGGGCCGGGCCGGUUAACGAGAGCGGAGGGAUCCCGCGCGCUGGCCGGCCGACGCUCUUCGGGCGGCAAGGAGUGAGGCGAACAAAUGGCGUGCGCCUCCCCGAAGUGCGCUCAGGGCGCCUAGCCAGCGCAAACGCAGCGCGACAGCGACGCGUAUGGGCGCGGCGCCGCUAUCAAUCUUGUGGAGGGUACGGCGAUGCCCAGCACCCCAGGCCCCCGCUACCUCCACUCCGCUUUCAGUGGUGGCGAGCUAUGGCCCUGCAGAUCUGCGACUAACUUGUGCGGCGCUGCAAACGCCCCGGCGACAUUGCGCGCACGAAGCCCGU